AUGGGUUCAGAUGUCCCCAGCAGUCACAUACUGCUGAUCGUAGCCUGUCUGUUAAAUGCACUUGCUCCGAUUCUAUCAGUCAACAGAGGCGGAGAGUGCACAUUCAACACCAAAGGCACCUGUGAAUAUCAAGGACAGGUCUUUGGCAUUGGCGAGAGCUGGAUUACUAAAGACUGCUACCAGUGUGUGUGUAUGGAGCCCUUCGGGGUGGGCUGCUGCGAUCACAACUCCCUACCAGUCGAUUAUCCUGAGUGGUGUGAGGUCAUCAGAAAGCCCGACUCCUGCACCGGCGUGGCUGUGAUGAGAGCCAAUCACAAACUACCUUGUCUUUAUGGGAAGUGGGGCGGGAUACGACCUGAGACAUGGAAGUCCGAUAACGAUUUAUUGUUUUAAAUGAAGUGUUAAAAUAAAAAUAAACUUUUUUUUUGGUUCUCUGCAUCAAAGGAUAACUCUGGUUUCAAAUAUGUUGACACUGAUGUUCAAAACCAAUAUAAUACCCCCUAUAGCUUUAUCUGUUUAAAUAAGGCUGCUGUGCACAUUAUUUAUUUUGUGAUAUAAUUCUCAGUCAUUUAUUAUUUAACUUCACUGAGAGUUUUUCUAAUAAAUGGAACAUGCCACUUUAUAAAACUGCAUUUAAUAACAAUGUCAUUUCCAUUAUCAUUUCUUUAUGUUCUCUAAAUAAGAAUUAAAUUUAAA